GCUGGCUGACGAGGUCGCGGUGCCUGGCGCCGCCUGGUCGCGAAGCUUCGUGGUGCACGGACCUUCAGUUUUUGGCGCGAAGUUCGUUGGUGAUUGAUUCGAAGUAUGGUACCAGUACCUGGUGGUAGGGAGCUUCAUCUGAUGCCUCGGACAAUGCUCUAACUUCUGCGCUCACCAUUCUACCUCGAACUGAGAUCUCCGGAUACUAUUAACAUCCACCGCAUUUCGGCACUGCAGCUUCGCAUUUUGUUCCUGCCAAAGCUCGAGAGAUAUUCAUUCCUUACAACCCACGCGCUUUGUUGCCCAUUGUGGAACUUCGACUUCAACAACACAGCUAAAUGCGCAGAAGCUCCCCAUAACAAACACCUCCCAAGGCCGGAUACUUUGCGACAGUCAUGGCAUUUAGCUUUGGGAGCCCUGCACCAGCUGCAACAGCUACGCCAGCUGGUGCCACCGUGCAAAAUGGUCCUGACCUCGAGGACAUUCAAACAGAGGCUCUUGGCUUCAGAGCACUCUGUGGAGAAUCCAAAGUCCAAUUGCUGCCUACGCCAUGGCCUGCGGAUCAACUGCCACCUCCCACUUCGUCUCUUCUGAGUAUAGCUUCGCAAAAAGGCCUUGUUGCUGCCGCCGGACCAGAUGCAAUUAUUGUCGCAUCCACAGAGUCAGUCCGGAGGGCUUUCGAAGCGAAAAGUGAAAGUGGCAACAUAAAGCAAUUUCACCCUCAAUUGAGAAUACCUAUGCCCAUGCGAGUAUCUCAAGUUGCGUUUUCGGCGGACGAGACAUACUUAGUCCUCUCUGCGGAAACUGGUGGAGGGCUAGCGGUCUACGAGGUUCAGUCACUACAGAAUGGCUCGACGGAACCAGCAUAUCAACUAUCUACCGAGAAUUUGGCAUUAAGAGCUUUGAUACCUAACCCAACCCCAGAAAAGGCCGAGCUUUUUGCUCUGGUGACAACGGAUGGGAAACUCAUGAUGGCAAAUUUGAAAGAGAGAACUUUUGUUUCUACAGCAAACGGACCUGUUUUGAAAACUGGAGUGAGCUGUGUUUCUUGGAGUGCAAGGGGCAAGCAGCUGGUGGCUGGUCUAGGCGAUGGUACUGCAUCUCAAAUGACUCCAGAAGGUGUAGGUAAAGCAGAGAUUCCUCGGGCUCCAAACGUGGAUAGUGGUGACCAUGUUUCUUCUAUAACAUGGUUGGAGAACCUGGUAUUCUUAAUGGUUCACACGCCAUCCCAGUUUGAUUCUGGUCAAGCUCCAAACUCCACGUUUCAUUUGGUCACCAAACAGUCAUCGAACUAUACUUUUCAGAAGAUAUCAGAUCCUGCGGGACCGUUUGGAUUGAAUCGGUCUCCACCUCACCACUUUAUGCUACGCCUGAGAGACUUCCCUCCAAAUCUUCAAGAUCUGAUCAUCGUCGCUUCGAGUGCCUCUGCCGACAUUGGAUUGUUUAGCAGGUCAAAGGUUCCAUUAACGUCCGACAAGCCAGCCGACAGCGUGACAGGCGUAUUUACUAUGACCGAGAUGUCUGACGAUUCUCGUCGUGCCGCACUUCCGAUGAGUGCAAACUUUUCCGAUACUUCUCCUAUUGGACUUGCUAUGGACUUUUCAAGCAACCAGAAGGUGGAAAAGCCGAUCGCAGGUGAUGAAAUGGAUGAAUCGCCAUUUCCGGUACCUGCUCUCAUGGUUCUCAAUAAUGAAGGUGUCUUAGCUGCUUGGUGGGUCAUUUAUAUGGAUUCGAUUAGACAGGGCACAGCAUAUCCUGGCCUUGUAGUCGUUGGUGGAUCCCAGACGGCCCAGCCUGCCACAGCGCCUGCUGUAGCUCCAGCGCCUGCUUUUGGUACUCCUUCACAACCAACUUUUGGCUCGUCUGCCUUUGGCACAGCCAACACCAGUUCCGCUUUUGGAACUGCCAGACCUACCACCUCAUUCGGCACGCCAUCUUCCUCCGGACCGUCCACAGGUGCAUUCGGUGCUCCAUCCGGCCUUGGGAAAAGCCAGUCUCCUUGGGGCGCUUCCCCAUCGUCCAGCACCGCUUCGAAUGCCCCAGCAUUUGGAUCUUCUACUUUUGGCUCUGCAACGGCUGCUUCUAAUCCAGCAUUUGGAACACCAAGCUUUGGCGCCACUAGCAAGCCUUCUUUAGGCAAUCGAGCGUCUCCUUGGGGGUCAGCUGUAGCCACAGGCACUACUGCUACCUUUGGUCAAGCCGGAGGUUUGGGUAAGCCAGCUUCAGUCUUCGGUAGUUCAAUAAACGCUGGAAGCACGCUCGCAACGCCUUCUGGAUUCGCUUCCUUUGCCUCAAAUAAAGGCGGCUUUGCUGCCGCUGCUGCAAAGCCAGCUGGAACUCCAAGCGUAUUUGGCUCACAAUUAACUCCGACUCCGAAUCCCUUUUCGUCAUCUGCAACAAGUCAGCCAGCGGGUACAACGAGCAUAUUUGGGUCGCAGCCCGCCUCGAAUCCAAAUGCAUUUUCUACGCCAGCGACUGGUCAGACAUGGGGAGCAUCGAGUGAAGCUUCUGGCGCAAACCCUUUAGCCUCUGGUGGUUUUAAACUUAGCACGUCGUUCAAGGCAGGUCCAUCUGCAAAGGAUGAACCCCCGGAGACCUCCGCUGCACCUCAAGGCAGCUUCUUUGGUGGAAACUUUGGUAGCGCCCUCGGGGAGGCAACAAAGCCUCUAGCUGCUGAAACUCCUGUGUCCAAAGAAACUGAUAUGGACUCAGAUGACAUGUCGAAUAAAGCGCAGGUCAGCAACAUUUCUUCGACGACUCCAGCAUCUACACCGGCGGCACCAAAACCAUCUAUUUUCGGAUCGGCUCCCCCGGCAACUGGUGGACUAUUUGGAAACUCACCUGCUACCUCCAAUUUAUCGUCGAAAUCUGCCUCAGCCGGUUUCGGUUUCGGUAAGCCAUCAGAUGAUAAGCCAAAGCCUGCAGCUUUCAGCUUUGCAAAUGUAGCCGUGAACAAGUCGCCUGGGCCGAAGACACCAUUGCCUUCCGAACCCCAACCUUCACCUACGAUACCGAAGACGCCUUUAUCCCCCAAGAUCAAGCAAGAGGCGGUCACGUAUACCCCGAAUGACAUUAACAAGAUCCCGGAAGCGCCUCUUCCACCUGACACUACAAGUAAAGUGAGCUUUGCUGCUGGAGAGUCAUCGGGAUCGUCUGUUGGUGCCGAUGCUCCUCUACCCCCAGAUUUCAUGACAAAGUCUCCGCCUAAGCCCACUCAACCUAUUUCAAGUCCUGCUCCACUUCCUAAUGUGGCCAAGCCUAUUCCUGCGGAAUUGAUUCCACCAAGCGAUGUGCCUGGUGGUCCAGACGAUGAUGGAGAUGAUUCGGGUUUUCUGACAGAAGAGGGCGACGAUGAAAGCGACAAUGGUAGCGACGAUGUCAGUGAAGAACUAAGCGAGGAGGGCAGCGGUGAAGAUGUCGCGAAAGACCUUAGUCCUACUUCAGAGAACAACCAAACCCCAGCCAUCUCGCCAGAGAGCUCUUUUGGUGGCUUGAAAAACGGUAGUCUGGAGAGCAGUGUCUUUACCAAGAUCUCGAAGGCUGGCCAACCAAGGCCUGCUUUAUUCGGCGAGCUCAACGGGUCUGCACCAGUUCUCCUGCCCCCCAAGGUUCAAUUAAGUCCCCGGUCCCCGAGUCCAGUUCGCAAUUCCAUACCCGGAAGACUUCGUCCCGAAACUUCUCGAUCAUCGAGUGCCCCUGGCUUCGCAUCCCAGCUUUUAGGAUCUCAGCGAGGCGGUCGCACAACUAUCCCGGCGCAGCCUACCCUCGCACAGACGGAGGCUGAUCUUCUUAAUGAAGAAAGACGUCGGCAGGAAGUAAGAGCGAGGAAGGAGGCAGAGGAAAAGCAAGCCUUGGUUGAUGAAGAAGAUGACAGAUUCCAUGCAUUUAUGAAAUCGGAACUUGAGCCUCUAAGAAAUCUACCUGAUUUUGAGGUCCAUGCAGAUUACCAAGGCCAGUCAUCUUUGGACAGUAUUCCAGCCCAGGUUGAGGCUGUGUAUCGGGACAUUAAUUCCAUGAUUGAUUGCUUGGGUGUCAACGCACGGGCGAUGGAGUGCUUCAUCAAGUUCCACACAGAGCAGUACAAGGAUGAAGGGCGAACGCGAGAAGAUCUCGAGAGGGACGAUGACUGGUGUCUCGUCGAAAUCGAUAAUCUGUCAUCGGUUGUCGAGAGGGAUCUUGCACAGGAUCUUGCCAAUGGUCGUGUCAAGGAUGUUGACUCUAAGCUUCAGAGCUGCGAUACUUUACUAAGGGAACUUAUCAAACUUCGAGCCAAACACGAGGAUCUCAAGAAGAUGAUUGACGCUCGCCAGGAUCCGACUUCUCUCGCGAUAGCUCGUGCACAGCCGCUGAGUGCCGAGCAAGCCGCGCAACAAACAGAUCUGCGGAAAGACUUCAUCAAGUUUCAAAAGCUGCUAUCAGAGACAGAGGAGGCUCUAACGAUUCUGAAGGCGACAAUGGUAUCUCACGAAGCAUCAAAGAAUCGCGGCAGUGGAUCUGGUGGCCCAACUGUUGAAGCAGUUCUGCGGACCAUAAAGAAAAUGACAACCAUGGCAGAGAAGAGAAGUGGAGACGUCGUUCUUCUCGAAGAACAGAUGCGAAAACUUCGCUUCAACUCUGUAGACAGUCGGGAAGGAUCCCCUUUCGCUACACCAAAAAACAACAGAGCGUCUUUGCGCAACCCAGCUGCGUCCAGCACAUUCGGAUUGUUCUAUACCCCGGACAGCAUCAAGGAAACCCCUCAAAGGUUCCAGAAUUCUUUGAUGUCCUCGGUUGGCUCGCUCGGUCGUAGCUCUCCUCCCCGAAAGAAGAUGAGUGGCUACAGCAUACAGGAGAAGACACAGUUGAGGGCACAGUUGGCGAAGAAGCAGGCAGUAACCGAGAGACUGAAGACAGCAUUGAAGAAGAACGGCACGAAAGUCCGUCCUAUGGUUGACGACGACUAGGCAGUGUUUGGAAAGCACCUGGCAUUUAUGGCGUUGUGGUCUUGAGCGCUUUGGAGCAUGAAAAGGGCAAUGAAUAAUAUUGUACAAGGUAGAGAUUAGUAGUGAUCCAUGAACCGGACUCAAUGAAGGAUAUUCCAAGAAAUCAAUGUCUGAAUGACUGAACAUGUCUGUUAUUCAAGACAGCCGAGCUGAAGGAGAUCAACAGUAGCUGUCGUCUCCAACAAAACCCAUCCCUUGUAAUCCCCAGCUCGUCGCUUUAAUCUCUACUCCGUAAUGCUUUA